AUGCGGUAUCCAGCGGUUGGCCCGGUUCGGCAUAGCGCUGUGCCGAUGGACCGAGUCGCCCCCACUGCACUCUUGAGAUAUUACGUCUUACCUCGGGUGUUCGGUCGACCGCUCCUCACCAUCCAACACCAUGUUCAGAGCCGCGCCGACACGACUACUCCGCCCCGCCGUGCGGCAGGUCCGCCCCGCUCGGCGACAGCUCUCCUCCCAACCCACCCCGCCGAGCUCCGGCACCGGCGCCGGCCCCUCGUCAUCGUCCAAAACGCAGGACAAGGGCAAGCGCGCCGCGCUCCUCUUCUCCGCUGCAGCCUCGGCGGAGGGAUCUACGUCGCUUCUCAGCCGCCGUCUCGUCCCACGCCGCCUCUGCACCCAAACUCGAGCAAGGGCGGGAAGAAGCUCAUCCCGCUCUCCGAAGUCGCGAAGCACAACCAGCCCGGCGACCUCUGGAUCGUGAUCAACGGCCGCGUGCUCGAUCUGAGCAACUAUGCCGGGCAGCAUCCGGGCGGCACGGCGAUCCUGCAGACGUGGGCGGGCAAGGAUGCCAGUGCGUUGUUCAACGCGAUCCACUCGCCUGGGAUCGUCGAGGAACGCCUGCUCUCGCAACAGCCAGGGGCGUAUAUCGGGGACAUUGACCCGAGCACUCUGCCGACGCCGUCGCACUCGGGCUCCUCUGUCUCUGCCGGUUCUAGUGCUACUGCAGGCAGCGCGCCCGUAGCCGACCACGAGAUCACGCUCGACGAAAUCAUCGGCCUCCCUGACCUUGACGCCGCGGCCGAGCAGCGCAUGUCGCCCAAGGGCUGGGCGUACAUCAGCGCCGGGGCUACGGACAUGUCCUCCCUGGCGGCAAACCGGCAGGCGUUCAACGAGAUUUGGUUCCGGCCCCGCGUCCUCGUCGACGUCAAGGACGUGGACACGAGCACUUCUUUCCUCGGCAGUCCCUCGUCUGUGCCCUUCUUCAUAGCCCCGACGGGCAUGUCCAAGCUCGCCGGACCGGAGGGCGAGCCGGGUCUAGCUACUGUGGCGGGAAAGGAGGGGCUGGUGCAGUUCAUCAGCACGAACAGCUCCGCGCCGCUCGACAAGAUCCCCGAGGGCCGCAGCGCCGAUGACCAGGUCCAGUUCUUCCAGCUGUACGUCGACAAGAACCGGGACAACUCUGAAAAGCUGCUGAAGCGGUGUAAUGAGCACCCUGGCGUGCGGGCCGUCUUUGUGACCGUCGACUGUCCUGCCCCGGGCAAGCGCGAGGCGGACGAGCGCGUGCGUACCACCGCGGUGCUGGAGAGCGGCACGUCGGGCGGCGUAGUGCAGGCCGACAAGCGCGGGGGCGGCGUCGGCCGCACGACUGGGCAGUACAUCGACCCAAAGCUGAACUGGGACGACCUCAGGUGGCUCCGGUCCCAGACUCCCAUGCCUAUUGGCGUGAAGGGCGUGCAGAGCGUCGAGGACGCGAUCCGGUGUGCCGACGCUGGCGUCGAUGCGAUCUAUCUCUCCAACCAUGGCGGGAGGGCUCUGGACGGCUCCCCGCCCGCCCUGUAUACACUGCUGGAGCUGCGCAAGCUCCGUCCAGACGUUUUCGACAAGUGCGAGGUGUACAUUGACGGCGGCGUGCGGCGGGGCACCGACAUUGUGAAAGCGCUCUGUCUCGGCGCGCGCGGAGUCGGGCUGGGCCGGCCCUUCCUCUACGCUCUCUCUUUCGGGCAGGACGGCGUGCACCAUGCCGUGGAUAUACUGAAGGACGAGGUCGAGACGACCAUGCGUCUCCUGGGCGUGAACAAGCUGAGCGAGCUGGGGCCGCAUCUCGUCAAUACCAAGGCGCUGGAGGGCAAGAUUGCGACCGAGCUUGCAUAUGGGCCGAAUGAGGAGAAGUCCACGUCGGCGCCGAAAACGAAGUGA